CUCUGUCCAGAAGGCCCAGUUACAGCGGCUGGAGGCAGCAAGACCCCGUGGGCCGGGGAGCGGGGACCGAGGCCCAGUGCCGAGGAUGGCCAGGCAGCAGCCACCGCCCUGGGUCCAUGCAGCCUUCCUCUUCUCCCUGCUCAGCCUCAGCACAGCCAUCGAGAUCCCUAUGGAUCCAAGCAUUCAGAAUGAGCUGUCCCAGCCCCCGACCAUCACCAAGCAGUCGGUGAAGGACCACAUCGUGGAUCCCCGUGAUAACAUCUUGAUUGAGUGUGAAGCAAAGGGGAACCCUGCCCCCAGCUUCCACUGGACUCGCAACAGCAGGUUCUUCAACAUCGCCAAGGACCCCCGGGUGUCGAUGAGGAGGAGAUCUGGGACCCUGGUGAUCGACUUCCGCAGCGGCGGGCGGCCAGAGGAAUAUGAGGGGGAGUACCAGUGCUUCGCCCGCAACAAAUUUGGCACAGCCCUGUCCAAUAGGAUCCGCCUGCAGGUGUCCAAAUCUCCCCUGUGGCCCAAGGAAAACCUAGACCCUGUCGUGGUUCAAGAAGGUGCUCCUUUGACGCUCCAGUGCAACCCUCCACCUGGACUUCCAUCUCCAGUCAUCUUCUGGAUGAGCAGCUCCAUGGAGCCCAUCACCCAAGACAAGCGUGUCUCCCAGGGCCAUAAUGGAGACCUGUAUUUCUCCAAUGUGAUGCUGCAGGAUAUGCAGACGGACUACAGCUGCAAUGCCCGCUUCCACUUCACCCAUACCAUCCAGCAGAAGAACCCCUUCAACCUCAAAGUUCUCACCACCCGCGGAGUUGCGGAAAGAACACCCAGCUUCAUGUAUCCCCAGGGCACAGCGAGCAGUCAGAUGGUGCUGCGUGGCAUGGACCUCCUGCUGGAGUGCAUCGCUUCUGGGGUCCCAACACCAGACAUCGCAUGGUACAAGAAAGGUGGGGACCUCCCAUCUGACAAGGCCAAGCUUGAGAACUUUAACAAGGCCCUGCGUAUCACCAAUGUGUCUGAGGAAGACUCUGGGGAGUAUUUCUGCCUGGCCUCCAACAAGAUGGGCAGCAUCCGGCACACGAUCUCGGUGAGAGUAAAGGCUGCUCCCUACUGGCUGGAUGAACCCAAGAACCUUAUCCUGGCUCCUGGCGAAGACGGGAGAUUGGUGUGUCGAGCCAAUGGGAACCCCAAGCCCACUGUCCAGUGGAUGGUGAAUGGGGAACCUUUGCAAUCGGCACCACCCAAUCCAAACCGAGAGGUGGCUGGGGACACCAUCAUCUUCCGGGACACCCAGAUCAGCAGCAGGGCCGUGUACCAGUGCAACACCUCCAAUGAGCACGGCUACCUGCUGGCCAAUGCCUUCGUCAGCGUGCUGGAUGUGCCGCCUCGGAUGCUGUCACCCCGGAACCAGCUCAUCAGGGUGAUCCUAUACAACCGCACACGCCUGGACUGCCCCUUCUUUGGGUCUCCCAUCCCCACGCUCCGAUGGUUUAAGAAUGGGCAAGGAAGCAACCUGGAUGGUGGCAACUACCAUGUCUACGAGAACGGCAGUCUGGAAAUCAAAAUGAUCCGCAAAGAGGACCAAGGCAUCUACACCUGUGUCGCCACCAACAUCCUGGGCAAAGCUGAGAACCAGGUCCGCCUGGAGGUCAAAGACCCAACCAGGAUCUACCGGAUGCCUGAGGACCAGGUCGCCCAGAGGGGCACCACGGUGCAGCUGGAGUGUCGCGUGAAGCACGACCCCUCCCUGAAGCUCACGGUGUCCUGGCUGAAGGACGACGAGCCCCUCUACAUUGGGAACAGGAUGAAGAAGGAAGAGGAUUCCCUGACCAUCUUUGGUGUGGCAGAGCGGGACCAAGGCAGUUACACGUGUGUCGCCAGCACCGAGCUGGACCAAGACCUGGCCAAGGCCUACCUGACUGUGCUAGCUGAUCAGGCCACUCCAACUAACCGUUUGGCUGCCCUGCCCAAAGGACGGCCAGACCGACCCCGGGACCUGGAGCUCACCGACCUGGCCGAGAGGAGCGUGAGACUGACCUGGAUCCCGGGGGACGAUAACAACAGCCCCAUCACAGACUAUGUCGUCCAGUUUGAAGAGGACCAGUUCCAGCCAGGGGUCUGGCACGACCAUUCCAAGUUCCCAGGCAGUGUCAACUCAGCCGUCCUCCAGCUGUCCCCAUACGUCAACUACCAGUUCCGGGUCAUUGCCAUCAACGAGGUGGGCAGCAGCCAUCCCAGCCUCCCGUCUGAGCGCUACCGAACCAGCGGAGCACCCCCUGAGUCCAACCCCUCGGAUGUGAAGGGAGAGGGGACCAGGAAGAACAACAUGGAGAUCACGUGGACGCCCAUGAAUGCCACCUCUGCCUUUGGCCCCAACCUGCGCUACAUCGUCAAGUGGCGCCGGAGGGAGACCCGAGAGACCUGGAACAACGUCACGGUGUGGGGCUCCCGCUACGUGGUGGGACAGACCCCCGUCUACGUGCCCUACGAGAUCCGGGUCCAGGCCGAAAAUGACUUUGGGAAGGGCCCUGAGCCGGACACCGUCAUCGGGUACUCGGGAGAAGAUUAUCCCAGGGCUGCACCCACUGAUGUUAAAAUCCGAGUCCUGAACAGCACGGCCAUCAGCCUUCAGUGGAACCGGGUCUACUCGGACACGGUCCAGGGCCAGCUCAGAGAGUACCGAGCCUACUACUGGAGGGAGAGCAGCUUGCUGAAGAACCUGUGGGUGUCUCAGAAGAGGCAGCAAGCCGGCUUCCCCGGCGACCGCCUCCGUGGCGUGGUGUCCCGCCUCUUCCCCUACAGCAACUACAAGCUGGAGAUGGUUGUGGUCAAUGGGCGAGGCGAUGGGCCUCGCAGCGAAACCAAGGAGUUCACCACCCCGGAAGGAGUACCCAGUGCCCCCAGGCGUUUCCGAGUCCGGCAGCCCAACCUGGAGACAAUCAACCUGGAAUGGGAUCAUCCAGAACACCCCAAUGGGAUCCUGAUUGGAUAUACUCUCAAAUACGUGGCCUUUAAUGGAACCAAAGUAGGAAAGCAGAUAGUGGAAAACUUCUCUCCCAAUCAGACCAAGUUCACGGUGCAAAGAGCAGACCCUGUGUCGCGCUACCGCUUUUCCCUCAGUGCCAGGACGCAGGUGGGCUCUGGGGAAGCAAUCACAGAGGAGUCACCAGCACCCCCAAAUGAAGCUACUCCAACCGCAGCUCCUCCCACGUCGCCCCCGACCACGGUGGGUGCGACAGGCAUUGUGAGCAGUACUGACGUUACUGCCACCGCUGCCACCACCGAAGCCACAACAGUCCCCACCAUCCCAACUGUCGCACCUACCACCAUCGCCACCACCACCGUCGCCACAACUACUACAACCACUGCCGCCACCACCACCACCACCACCACCACCACCACGGAGAGUCCUCCCACCACCACCAGGACUAAGAUUCAAGAAUCCGCCCCCGACGAGCAGUCCAUAUGGAACGUCACAGUGCUCCCCAACAGUAAAUGGGCCAACAUCACCUGGAAGCACAAUUUCGGGCCCGGAACUGACUUUGUGGUUGAGUACAUCGACAGCAACCAUACGAAAAAAACUGUCCCUGUUAAGGCCCAGGCCCAGCCGAUACAGCUGACAGACCUCUAUCCCGGGAUGACAUACACGUUGCGAGUUUAUUCCCGGGACAACGAGGGCAUCAGCAGUACCGUCAUCACCUUUAUGACCAGUACAGCUUACACCAACAACCAGGCAGACAUCGCCACCCAGGGCUGGUUCAUUGGGCUCAUGUGUGCCAUCGCCCUCCUGGUGCUGAUCCUGCUCAUCGUCUGUUUCAUCAAGAGGAGUCGAGGCGGCAAGUACCCAGUACGAGAAAAGAAGGAUGUUCCCCUGGGCCCUGAAGACCCCAAAGAAGAGGAUGGUUCCUUCGAUUACAGUGAUGAAGACAACAAGCCCCUGCAGGGCAGCCAGACAUCCCUGGACGGCACCAUCAAGCAGCAGGAGAGCGACGACAGCCUGGUGGACUAUGGUGAGGGCGGCGAGGGCCAGUUCAACGAGGAUGGCUCCUUCAUCGGCCAAUACACAGUCAAAAAGGACAAGGAGGAGACAGAAGGCAACGAGAGCUCAGAGGCCACGUCGCCUGUCAAUGCCAUCUACUCUCUGGCCUAACGGAGCCCCCCCAGACACAGCCACUACUUUGCAAGUGGGAAGAGGGGAGACGGGGAGAUGAGCCGCUGCAGACCUACCACAAAGCCACCACCACCUUCGGGGACAAGGGUGCAAGACGGGAGUCGGCCAAGCUGCAAGGACCCGCGACCACCCAGCCAACCGCAAGCCCCCUCCUGAUGACCCCCCCUCCCCCCGCACCUCAGGGUGCCACCUGGGCGAGCCGGAGCCAUGGCUGAGCUCAGCUGGAGGGAGCCCUGGUCCCUCGCUCAGCCUCACAAACACCCGGAGCCUCCGCCCAUCCUGCCCGCCCUUGACCUCAACACACACACACUCACCAGGUUCUCUUGGUUCUGAUACUUCUCAUCGUCUUUAUGUUUGCUUUGCCCAUCUUCCCCCUCCAGACCCAGCAUCUCCGUUUUCUUUUCCUUGUGAAGAAAUGUCCCUGGAAAAAGAAAGAACAGGUGGAUUCUCCCCUAGGCAACGGCAAAGAUGGACAAAAAAGGAUUGAUCCUUAAGCGAAGAGAACAGAGGAGCUAUAGUAUUCAAACCGCUGCUGGGCCAAUGUAUUUCCGAAGGAUGCCUUUCUCGCCAUAAGCCUCCCCGGGCCUCAGCCUUGUCAGUUGCUGAGCUGGGCUUGGCUCCUUCCUGGGACAUGACAGUAUUUUUGGCAGGGAGAGGCGGGGGCAGGCCUCCUUGCCUUGCUCUGGUUCACUGGGGAGGUGGGCUUCCCUCUUGCUCCUCACUCUUACCCUGCCCCUUCCUUCAGGGUGUCCGGGACAAAAGCGGCGCUGAUGGAAGGACUUUGAGGGACAGGAGUGGGCGCUGAGGGGAAGGACUUCAGCUCCAGUGACUGUGAACCUCAAGCAGAGAAAAAGCGGGCCUCCGGGUCCCAGGGGAGCUGCGCCACCUCAAGAGAGAAGGAGAGGCCUGGGUUUCAACUUCCCUCCUCCCCAUCCAUGACAUUCAGGAUGUGGAGAGAGGGCCACACCCGCUGCAUCCAGAGUAGAGGGUGCCCCCCUGCCCCUCCCCCAACCUGGUCAAGGUCAGGGCUGCUGCCCUCUGGGAGAUGGACCUCUGGGGUGUGGAGGCUGUGCCAGUGUGCUUGGGGGUGGAACGCACUGCUCCCCGUUUCGUCUCUAGCAAACAUCAUCUCCUCGGUCA